CCUGAUAGCUUUGAGAUGGGUUCCGAAAAUAAAAAUAUUGAGUUUUUCGACUGAAAAGACUAGAAAUAUAAUUAAUAUUGUAUUGAAAACAACUUAAAUAGUAAUGGCUUGUGUGGUGCCAGGUUGUAAGAACCGGAAUGGUAGCGCAGAACAAAAUAAACUUGGCUUAAGCUUGUCAUUCCACCGGUUCCCACAAGAUGUAGAGCUUCGUGCGCAGUGGAUAAAGAAUUUGAAAAGACCAGAUUGGACCCCGUCAUCAUUCUCCCGGGUUUGCUCCGCACACUUCGAGAAGAGUUGCUACGUGUCAGGUCACAAGGUUAAUACUCUUCACACGAACGCUGUGCCCACUAUAUUUCCAAGCCAUCCCUUCACGUCUCAACCAAAAUUGCGGAAAAAACGGAAACUCACGGCUAAAUAUAACGCAGACAACAAAAAGGAAGUGAACCGCAAACCUCAGCCUACAUACUAUGCUCAACCGUUCCCUUGGGACCAUUGGAGCCCGGCCCACGCCAAUGUAGAACCUGCUCAAGCUAGGGGCAAGGCUAACGCGUAUGUCACAGAGCCAGGCCCGUCCAAGAAGCCCCCACGAGGCGCUAGCUCUACCGUCUACGUCUCUGAUCCAGAAACGAUAGACCAAUGUCGCGUCUGUGCCGAAUACUCCAAAAACUGUGUCGACACUCGCCACCUCCCAUACCUCACCGACGACAAGGCUUCACUCUCCUUCAACUAUCUAAGCAUAAACAUAGAAAUCACUGAAAACUACCCACAAACAGUCUGCCAGGACUGCAAUAAUAAACUUCAGGAGAUAAUUAACUUUAUAAUACAAGUAUCCGAAGCGCAAAAGAAAUUCAACGUUGAAAUUAAGAGUAAUAGAAAAGUUUUUGAAUUCAAAAAUGAACCAAAAAAGAACAAAGUAAAUAAGGAAGAUGAUAUUGAAAGAGAUCCAAUUGCAAUUGAGAAUGAUGAUGAAGCUACAAGCGAUGCUUUUGAAUACAGCCAUAUUAAAGUUGAAUAUGAAGCAGAAACAGAAACCAUACAUACACAUGAAAAUAAUGAACAUGAAUCGGAUAAUACAGAAACUACAGAUGAAGAACCAUUGUUUUUUAAAGGGUUUAAAAGAAAAACUGAAGAUACAUGUAAAAUGAAUAAAGCUAAAGUAAUUACUGAAGAUAAUGAGAAAUUUACAAUAGUUUUGAAAGAGGAAGCACCAAGUGAGAAAAAUGAAGAUUAUCUAGAUAUUCAAGAAGAAUUUGAUGGGACAGAUACUGGUUUGGUUACAAGUAAGAUUGAUAUAACUGACACUGGUACAAAUGAAAUUGGUACAUCUAGUACAUUAAAAAGUGUAAAAUAUUAUACUAUUGAUGGAACUAUUGAAAGUCAAACCUGAUAAAACAUAAAUGAAAGUGACAGUUUUGUAAAUAAAGUGAAGUGUGAAAAGUAAAAUGAAUAGUUUUUAAGAUUUUUAAGUCAAUAAUUUCCAAAGAGUUAUGGUGUUUCAUAAACGCUUGAUAAACCUGAAUUACUGUAAAAAGCAUGCUUUAAUAGAGCAUUUUCAGAAUUAGCGAAAGUUGUUGACAAAAAUUAACUCACUGUCAGUUUUGUGACGAUUAUAAUUAAGCAUGAAAUUUCAAUAAAAAAUUUAUUUUUGUGUUAAUUAUAUAAACUUUAAGCGAUAAUCUACAUUCAGAGUGUGAAGUGUAAAUUUUUAUACAGAUUUCAUCCUUAAGGCACUGGUCCCACCGAGAGCUAGUAAACUAUGAGCUAUUGGCUAUAAA